UUGCCGCGCAUUGUUUUCAUAAACUAUGACAGCUUACUCAGAGGACCUCUGACUUUGAUUAAUGAUGGACAUACCGUCCACAUGGAUAUACCGGAAACAGUCAACGGUGGUAGACCCACCAUAACCGGUGGCUUAUUGAAAUCCAAGUAUGUGGCCGAAGGUCUUCACUUCCAUUGGGGAUCACCUACGACAAGAGGCUCCGAGCACAUCAUUAGCAGAAGGCAGUAUGACGUUGAAAUGCAUAUUGUGCAUAGAAAUAUCCGAUAUGCAACUGUCUCGGAAGCUGCACAAUAUUCAGACGGCUUAGCUGUAUUAGGCAUUAUGUUCAAAAUUGCAAACUAUCCCAGCAAAUUCUAUCCUGGUCUAAGCAGGGUAUUUGCACAGAUUCCCAAUGUGAUCGAGUACGAUUCGACGGCACAGGUUUCUGGUUCCAUUACUCUAGGCCAACUGUUGGGAGAUCUGAACACGGCCGACUUUUUCACCUAUAAGGGUUCCUUGACAGUGCCCGACUGCCAUGAAGCUGUCACUUGGACUGUUUUCCCCCAUGCUCUGCCACUGCCAUACGAAUUUGUCUCUACAUUUUGGAACAUGAGGGACUCAAAUGGAGAUGUUCUCACAGACACCUUUCGCUUAACACAGCCCCGUAAUAAUCGAGCUGUCGUCUAUCGCACCACAAAAGAUCUGAGCAACAUUUUCCUUGGCUAAAA